CACCACACCACCCGCCGCACCGCUCCGCGAUCCGUCAUGCCGCCGUGGGGAGCGCCGCACAAGUCCCGCGGCUGCGAUCUCGGUUCCACGCCAGCGGUCCCGACGCCGCACACUCCCGCCUGCAGCACAGCAGCAGCAGCGCCCGGCCGCCGGUCCGCCGCCGCGGGCGCCAGAUCGCCCCCUGGGCGCGCCCGCCCGUUCUUGCGCCCACGCCCGCACACGUGGCUGGGCACCAGAGCCGCCACAUGCGAGGUGCUCGGCCAGUUCGUCGAGUGCGCUGCCGUGAGAGCAGCCUCUGUCUCACGCUCCGCCGCCUGGCACGCAGCGACGUAGGGCCGCAGCCGCUGCGUCCCGCGCCGUCGCGCGCGCGUCCGCAUCCGCCACGCCGACCCCCUCGCGCUCCCGCUCCCGCUCGCCCGUCCAGAGGCCUCUCCAGCGCACACGCUGCCGCUGCGGCGCACCGUGCGUGUGGCACAUGCUCGCCCUGCGUUGGAAUGCUCGCAGUGCAGCAAGCUCGGGCAUCUUCCCGCAGCAGCUCGGCGACGCGCCCGGCGCCAUGCGCUGCAGCGUC